CCGAGUCCGUCUUGAGUUGGAGGAACUUGGGUCUCUCUUGCUCCUCUUGACAAGUGUGACAGUCCGGAUCUGCCACCAGUCUUCACCAUGUCACAAAAAGUCAUUGACUCGCGCAUUCCUGCGCUCAUUCGCAAUGGCAUGCAGGAGAAGAAGCGUAGCUUCUUCGUCGUCGUCGGCGACCACUCCAAGGAGGCCAUUGUUCACCUUUACUACAUCCUCUCCAAUGCGAACAUGAAGCAUAACAAGUCCGUCCUCUGGGCGUACAAGAGCAAGCUUCUCGGCUUCACAAGUCAUCGCAAGAAGCGCGAAAACAAGAUCAAGAAGGAAAUCAAGCGUGGCGUUCGCGAGGCCAACUCCGAAGACCCUUUCGAACUCUUCAUCUCCCUCAACGAUAUCCGAUAUGUCUACUACAAGGAAACCGAAAAGAUUCUCGGUAACACCUACGGCAUGUGCAUUUUGCAAGAUUUUGAGGCCAUGACGCCCAAUAUCCUAGCCCGUACGAUCGAAACUGUCGAAGGUGGCGGCUUGGUCAUCCUGCUCCUGAAGGGCAUGAACAGCUUGAAGCAGCUUUACACUCUUUCCAUGGACGUACAUUCGAGAUACCGAACCGAAGCCCACGACGACGUUGUUGCGAGGUUCAACGAGCGCUUUAUCCUUUCCCUCGGCAGCUGCGAGUCCUGCUUGGUUGUCGACGACGAGCUUAACGUUCUCCCCAUUUCGGGCGGCAAGGCUGUCAAGGCGCUACCACGCCCUACCGACGACGAGGAGGUCAACCCUGCAAAGAAGGAGUUGGAGAAGAUCAAGGAGUCGCUUGAGGAUACUCAGCCCAUCGGAUCGCUCGUCCAGCUGGCCCGUACAACUGACCAGGCCAAAGCGCUGCUCACCUUCGUCGAUGCUAUUGCGGAGAAGACUCUGCGCAACACAGUUACGCUGACUGCGGCUCGUGGUCGUGGUAAAUCCGCUGCGAUGGGUGUCGCUAUUGCGGCCGCCGUCGCUUACGGUUAUAGCAACAUUUUUAUCACGUCUCCUUCGCCAGAAAACUUGAAAACAUUGUUCGAGUUUGUCUUCAAGGGAUUCGACGCUUUGGACUACAAGGACCAUGCCGACUACUCCAUCAUCCAGUCGACGAACCCCGAGUUCAACAAGGCCAUCGUUAGAGUCAACAUCCACAGGAACCAUCGCCAGACCAUCCAGUACAUCCGCCCCCAAGACGCCCAUGUCCUUGGCCAGGCUGAACUGCUCGUCAUCGAUGAAGCUGCUGCUAUCCCUCUGCCCCUCGUCAAGAAGCUCAUGGGUCCUUAUCUUGUUUUCAUGGCCUCCACCAUCAGUGGUUACGAGGGUACUGGCCGCUCACUCUCUCUCAAGCUUAUCAAGCAGCUUAGGGAGCAGUCGAGGACUGGUGCCGGCGUUAAGGACGCCGUUGAGGUCGACAGGACAAGUGGCAAGGCGGCUAAGGACACAGAGACCGUUUUCACUGGUGGUCGGUCGCUCAAGGAGAUCACUCUUUCUGAGCCCAUCCGUUACGCCCAAGGAGAUCCGGUUGAGAAGUGGUUGAACACUCUCCUCUGCCUGGACGCCACGCUGCCCAGGUCCAAGCUCAACACUCAGGGAUGUCCCGAUCCCUCUCAGUGCGAGCUGCUCCAUGUCAACCGUGACACCCUCUUCUCCUUCCACCCUGUUUCCGAGAAAUUCCUGCAGCAGAUGGUUGCGCUCUAUGUCGCCAGUCACUACAAGAACUCGCCCAACGACUUGCAGCUUAUGAGUGAUGCUCCGGCCCACGAGCUCUUCGUUCUUACUGCUCCUAUCGUUGAGGGCAGGCUACCCGAGCCGUUGUGUGUGAUCCAAGUUUCUCUCGAGGGUAAGAUUAGCAAGCAGAGCAUUCUCAACAGCCUCAGCAGGGGCUCGCAACCUGCGGGUGAUUUGAUCCCCUGGCUUGUCAGCCAGCAGUUCCAGGACGAUGAGUUCGCCUCGCUUUCUGGUGCUCGUGUGGUCAGAAUCGCUACCAAUCCUGACUACGUGUCCAUGGGCUACGGCUCGAGGGCGCUUCAGCUGCUUGUGGACUACUACGAGGGCAAGUUUGCCAACCUUUCCGAGGAGGCUGGCACUGUCGUACCUAAGAGUGCUCCCCGGGUGACGGACGCUGAACUUGCAAACGCCAGUCUCUUUGAUGACAUCAAGGUUCGCGACAUGAACGAGCUCCCGCCCCUUUUCGCUAAGCUUGCCGAGCGUCGCCCCGAACCCCUCGAGUAUAUUGGUGUCAGUUACGGUCUUACCCAACCGCUCCACAAGUUCUGGAAGCGCGCUUCCUUUGCGCCAGUAUACUUGAGGCAAACUCCCAACGAUUUGACCGGCGAGCACACUUGCGUCAUGUUGCGCCCUCUUGGUGAUGGCACUGACCCCAGCUGGCUGGGCGCUUUCGCCAACGACUUCCACCGCCGUUUCCUCUCUCUGCUGUCUUACAAGUUCCGCGAGUUCCCGGCCAUCUUGGCGUUGACCAUCGAGGAGUCUGCCAGUGUCGGUGCCAAGCUGGACCCUUCCAACGAGCCUACACCGUUGGAGAAGGCGGAGUUGGACAAGCUCUUGACGCCCUUUGACCACAAGCGUCUUGAGAGUUAUGCCAAUGGCCUCCUUGAUUACCAUGUCGUUCUCGAUCUUAUUCCCAGCAUUGCACAGCUUUUCUUCGAGGGCCGUAUUAGGUCAAACCUCCAGCUCAGCGGUCUUCAGCAGGCCAUUCUGCUGGCCAUCGGUCUCCAGCGCAAGGAGAUUGAUGCCAUUGCUGGAGAGCUCACUCUGCCGUCCUCCCAGCUUCUGGCUAUCUUCAUCAAGAUCAUGCGCAAGAUCAGCACGCACCUUGCGUCACUGGUUGAGGGUGCUAUUGCCAAGGAGAUGCCUCAACAGAUCGGCGUCUCGGCCGAGAACGCCUCUGCCGCUCACGAUGACGAGAUUAUUGAGAACAACUUCGUGCCCCUUGACCAGAACCUGGAUGACGAGCUUGCCGAAGGUGGAGACCAGGCCAUGAAGGCCAUCAGGGCCAAGCAGAGAGAGCUCAUUGACUCCCUUCCCCUGGAUCAGUACGAGAUCGACGGAGGAGAUGCUGAGUGGAAAGAGGCUGAGAAGCGGGUCGCCAAGGCUACCAAGGAAGGAAAGUCCAACCCGCUUGUCAGUGUCAAGACCAAAAAGCGCAAAGCCGAGCCCGUGUAUGAAGAGGAGAAGUCUGAGAAGAGGGAUAGGGGUGACAAGAAGGGCAAGAAGGUCAGACACGACAAGAGGAAGUGAAGACGGGCUUUCUGCGAGUAGGUAAUGUCUACGGCAUGAUUCCCACAGCUACCACGCGCCGUCCGCUAUCCAACUGAGCCAGGAUUCAUGCUUUUUUUUUUUUUUUUUUUUUGGAAUUAUUUUUGGCAUAUGGUAUAGCGAUCCCGCAGUAUCCUCUUGCCAGCUUGGGUUCCGUUCAAGGCUCCAGUACUGGCUAUGUGGACGGUGGAAGAUGGUCA